UCAUGUGAGCUGGUGAUGUGUAAGCUGUGCCGUGGCUUGUUUUCCUCAGAGCGGGGCAGCGGGCUCGCGUCGGUCUCGGUGCUGCCGCAGGAGCUGCUGCUGCGGAUCUUCAGGUUUCUGGGGCCGGAGGAUCUGUGCCGCUGCGGACAGGUGUGCAGCGUCUGGGCUCAGGUGGCCAAGACCGGAUCCCUGUGGAGGCACCUGAACCCCGUCCGCUGGGCUAGAGGUGCGUUACAUCUCUGUCUGCUUUAUUAUUCAACACCAGUGCGACAGAUCCUCAGUUUGUGCCCAAACCUGACUCACCUGGAUCUCACGCAGACUGACGUCUCCGACUCUGCCUUUGACAGCUGGGCGGAGUUUGGGGCGUGUCGUACUCUGGAGCAACUGGAUCUCUCGGGAUGCGACAAAAUCACGGACCGCACACUAAAGAUCCUGUCGCUGGGAUUGGGCGACGUAACAUCGCCCUGCCCGGAUCGUGGAGCCAAGCUGCUGAAAGCCCCACCCUCUCCAAUCAAAUUCCAGGACGAAUGUUCCCUCCCACUAAUGGGACGCAGCUGCCAGGAUCUCAUUUUCAAGCGGAGACCUGGUGGGCGUGGCUCCGGUUGUGGCCCCGCCCACGUCUGGGUUCUCGACCUGGCCAAACUCGCCGACAUCGAGGAUGCAGCCGAUUGGAGCAGACCAGGGGGCGUGUCUGCACAGGAAAGUGGGCGUGGCUGCAUUUUAGAGCUGCAGGGAGGCGGCAGCUCAUGCUGCUGUAGGAGGAGCCGGAGGCGGAGCUUCAGGACUGGUAUUAGCUCCUCCCACUGGCAGUACGGCUUUAUGGGCGAGGCCCUCUGUGGUCACUCCACCUGCUGCACCUCUGACAUGGCGCUCUGGACUGUGAGAGAAGCGCACUGUGACCUCCAGGCCACCGGGGGCAGUGUUGAGUUUCGGACUAAAUGCUCGUUUGAGGGUGAAACUUGCCCCGAGCAUCACAACAGGACUGACCAAUCAGGAGCCUAUCGGGCACUCAGGUUCCUCAGCCUGUCUGGAUGCUAUCAGAUCACGGAUCUCGGCCUGAGGUGUCUGUCUCAGCGAGGAGGACUCCCUCUGCUGCUGCAUCUCAAUCUCUCCGGCUGUCUGCUCAUCACGGGGGCGGGGCUUCAGGAGCUGGUGUCCGUCUGCCCCUCCCUCAACAUCGAGCACUUUUACUACUGCGAUAACAUUAACGGUCCUCAUGCUGACAAGGCCAGCGGGUGUCAGAAUCUGCAGUGUGGCUUCAGGGCUUGCUGUCGAUCCGGAGAGUGAUGCUCUUUUCUCUGUAUUCAUCUCUCUUUACCACCACCCCCCACCCCCCCCUCCACUGCUCGCCUCGUGUCCCUCUUUCAUCCAUGUGCACUUUAAUCGGGAAAUUGGUUCAAGAUGCUCUUUGACGCAAUUUGAUUUCCCUAAAACCAAAAACGCUUCAAAUAAAGUGAAAUUCGGCAUUGUAAACCAAUCACCUUCAUUGCCAUUUCUGAGAGGUAUUAUUGUGAAAGGAACUGAAUGAUGUAUAUUUGUAAAUAAUUCAAUUGUCCACAGUCUCCUUUCCGAUCACUUGGGAUGAAUUUUGAGUGCUUUAAGAUGUUAUUUCAACAUUGUGUAGGGUUUUUUUUGUUUUGCUUUGAGUUUUUCACCCAGGCGCAUUUAGAACGUCUCAAGCUCAAAUCUGACUUUACUGAACCAGUACUUUAGGUUUGAUGUUAAAAUCACCUGCUUUGGUUCCCCUACUCUGGACUUAAAAGUUUGUGAAUAGGAAAAUACUCUAGAUGAGUUAAUAGGCCUGAGUUCACAAGCUCAUUGAGUUGUAGUUUGUCAAAUGAUGCAGGUGUUUUGGAAAACAACCAGAAGCUGUAUUAUUGUGUUUAUAACCUGAUGUGGGAAUGACUGGAUGACCGCCGGAUUUUAGUUGCAGAUAUUCUCUUCAGCUGCAUUGAGCGAAACAUCAUCUGUGACUAAAUAUCUGGCAACCGUGUCAAACUAGGAGCGUUUUCCCAGACUUCAAGCGUUGGUUGGUUAAAAAAGUGGUUUGUGAACUGUAGUAAGUCCUGGGUAUAUUAUACUCGUUAAAGGAACACUCCACUUUUUUUGAAAAUAGGCUCAUUUUCCAACUCCCUUAGAGUUAAACGGUUGAGUUUUACCGUUAGCGGUAGCACUUUUAGCUGUAGCUUAGCAUAUAGAUCAUUGAAUCUGAUUAGGCCGUUAGCAUC